ACGCCUGGCGCUCAAGAACUCGAGCCAUCUUUGUUUACGUCCGAGUCUUGCGGACGUUCUUCGUUAUUAAAAAUACGUUACAGAUAUACAGGGGCAUUGAAACGAAAGUUGAAGGUUGCAUUAGGAUAGAUGGAUCAAUUCGGAAUGGAUACCACAGUUUAUCACAUCAGUAAAUAGGAGGAAGAUUUCAGCCCCCCCACGACUCCGAAUCGAUGUUGAAACGGAAACAGGACGUUUCAACCGGAGAAGACUUUCUCAGGAUUAAACUUUCGACGAAAUUUCAACAACAACUCGGAAAAGUUGUGCGAACUUCUGAGCCAGCGCGUUCCAUGAUCAAAACACCUGUUGCUUCAUUCGUGCAGAUUGAACAGCCCAGAUUAUGCGGUAGACCUGCUGCACAUCGACGGACGUUCUAACAUAAAAAUCAAACGAUGUUUCACACACAAUGAGGAGGGUCCAGCGCGCGUGAAUACCUGUUGCACGUCGAUGGCGUUAACCGGGAGGUAUAAUGAAAUCAGGUUGAGGUAGCUUGUGACGCAUAGGUAAGUGUAUACUUAUACGUAUGAUGUACAAGAAACGACGGAUAUGAAGCAUCGAACGGCCUGGGUUAUUUGGAGUUCGGAGAACGACGAAGAGCCCGGUGAAGAGGGAAAAAAAAAAUUAGGUGUCCAGCACAUGCCGGUGAUCGUUCACUCGGAGGAGCGGCGGUGAGAGUACAAUCGGACGAUUGGUAUCUUGGGGUAAACCGAUUCUAAAAGCAUCCGUAGGAAAGGGAACUACGCAACUGUUAAAAUAUUAUAUUAUUAGUUUGCUGCUGUUGGCGCACGGCGGCGACUUCGUCGAUCAUGCCGCACUAAAAACGCCGAUUGCAUCCCGACGACGACGAAUGUUCGUACAUACGUACCGUACCGUACGUCCCCGACGUAUUUCUCUCGGCUGAGAGCUGUUGGAUACGACGAAACGGUGCCUGCUGACUGCUACAGGGGCCCCUUCAGCUACCAGAGCCAACAGCGCUUUACAUUCGUACAUGCAUGAUAUCUUGGUCGUGUACGUAUGUACGACGACCUGUCCGGAUUACGACGACUCUACGGAGGGAGAACUCGUCGAGCACUUGGCUCCGUCAUUCAUCGCCUGGUUGCCAGUCAGCUACCGAGCUUGGUCGAGUCAGAGAGAGGAGAUAACCGCCGGUCGCAGGUUUAUUCGUCGCCGAUAUUUUACUCUUCUUCAAUAGGUGUAACAGUAGGCGAGAACACGUGAGUGUUUGUUACAUCGAUCGUGCGUUCGUGUGUUAUAAAAGUGCAGAGGAAUAAAAUCGUCAUGUCUUUUAUAACUUCCCGAAUAAUGACUCGAGUUACAGAGAUCAUCGCCGUACUGAAUCGCAUGUGACAAUAUACCUUGCAUAUUUUAAACCAGCCGGCGGCCGAUAUUCCGGUUUAUAAAAAAAAGAAAAAUCAACUUACCAUGUGCAGCUGUAUUUUAUGACAUUAAUUAUAUUCAGAUACUGAUCGAAGACGGCUUAACGGCAUCGGUUCGACAACCAAACGAUAUUCGGAAGAAAUUAAUUAAUUUUGAAUGAAACAAUUUCGAUACACAUUUUAAUCAGAUUUAAAAUCGGUAGCCGCACGAUGCAGAAGGGAGCAUGAGAAAAAUGGAUUCGGUUAAUGGUAACGGUAACAACAACAAUCCGGUGACAAUGAUAAGUGACAGUAAGGCCAGUCUGUUGAAACAACACGUUAACAACAACCGACUAAAUGCGAUAAGUAAACAAAACAACGUGCGAAAGAUGAGCACUAUGCCGGAAGAAGAUGGUUCUGACGUUGAUCCAGAUUCCGUGGGCAUGCCGCUUAUUUUUCACCAGCAGGAUCCCGAUUCCGACUCGCCGAGUGAGGGGAAAGAAAGAGUACGACUCCUUAGCGCUGGUAGUCGUAAAAUAAUGGUUACUCCAGCCAGCACACCGAGCAUAGCUUCCACUACAAAUGGAAUCAAAAGGUCUAGCAGCGGUAACAGCUCAACGGAUAGCGUCCAUGAUCAGAAACAACCUCGAAUUCCGCAAUCGCGUCUAGCAGCUUUGGAAGCUGAGCCACGUCUUUACAGAGACGGUUCAACGCACGGUAGUGUCGGGGGUCGUAUAACAAGAGGAAUCGAACUACAUGGAAGCAGACACCGAUACCCGAGUAUGCGAUCUCUAAAAUCUGCAGCUACCGACGAUCAUCAUCAUCCGGCUACGAGCUGGGCUUCGAUUGUUUUCUCCGAUGCGGCGAGUCAGUCUGGAAGACCUUUUCCCGAUUCCGUUUCCAUACGCUCUCUCGCUUCCAUAGGGAUGGGGUCAUCCGAUGGCAGAAAACUCACGAUUCGCAGGGUCCCAACUUCACCCUCCGAAUUACUGAACAUGGUUCAUCCUCCGACACCAGUUGAGGAUGACCUAUCGACGUGCAGUAGCUACGACAAUAUCGAUGCCGAGGAUCCUGGGGAUUACAGGCAACCCAAGAGGCCUCAUUGGGAUAAUAAAGUGCAAUUUGUUCUUGCUUGCAUAGGUUAUUCCGUUGGCCUUGGAAAUGUCUGGAGAUUUCCCUAUCUCUGUUACAAAAGUGGCGGCGGAGUCUUUCUCGUACCUUACUUCCUAAUACUCAUAGUUUGCGGUGUCCCUAUGCUUUACAUGGAACUUGCAGUUGGCCAGUUUACACGUCGAGGUCCUAUAGGCGCCUUAGGGCAAAUAUGCCCUCUGUUCAAAGGGGCAGGUUUAUCAUCUGUAGUUAUAUCAUUCUUAAUGUCCACUUACCAUAAUGUGAUAAUAGCGUAUGCAAUUUACUAUUUCUUCACGGCAUUCAAAGCUGACCAGCCGUGGUCAGAUUGUGAUAAUACAUGGAAUACACCAGCCUGUUGGACACCUGCUUUGCAAAAUAUAGAUAAUCGCUCACGACCAAACACCUCCAGAACAUCAUCUGAAGAGUUCUUUGAGAGAAAAGUACUUCAGAUAAGCGGAGGGAUAGAGGAGCCUGGAGUCCUGCGAUGGGAAUUAGUUGCCUGUUUGAUAACUGCCUGGGUGAUAGUUUAUUUUUCUAUAUGGAAAUCCAUAAAGUCUUCAGCACAAGUCAGAUAUCUCACAGCUACGCUACCAUUUCUACUCAUCAUAGUCUUCCUUACACGCUCUCUCACCCUUGAAGGCGCUGACAAAGGUCUGCAGUAUUUUUUCAGACCUCGAUGGGCUCUGCUGGCAGAUGCCAAGGUCUGGGUGAACGCAGCAGCACAAAUUUUCAACUCAGUUGGUAUUGCGUUUGGCUCAAUGAUUUGUUUUGCGAGCUACAACAAGUUCCAUAACAAUAUAUUGAUAGACACUGUGGCUGUAUCUUUAAUUAACGCUUUGACCAGUCUACUUGUUGGAAUAUUCGCAUUUGCUACCAUAGGUAACAUUGCACUUGAGCAAAACAUGUCUGUAGAAGCUGUCCUUAGCGAUGGUCCAGGAUUAGUAUUCGUAGUGUAUCCUCAAGCUUUGGCAAAAAUGCCAGCAUCUCAACUAUGGGCUGUACUAUUCUUUUUCAUGCUUGUGUGCCUCUCGCUCAAUAGUCAGUUUGCAGUUGUGGAGGUCGUAGUAUCAUCGAUACAGGAUGGGUUCCCUAAUCGGAUGAAGCGUAUUCUGUUAUGCCACGAAAUGUUGGUUCUCUUGAUAUGCGUGAUAUCGUUUUUAUUUGGAUUACCAAAUAUAACGCAGGGAGGAAUAUAUUUCUUUCAACUGAUAGAUCACUACGCCGCAUCAAUUUCUAUCAUGUUCCUGGCAUUUUUUGAAGUUAUUGCUAUAUCUUGGUUCUACGGGGUCAACAGAUUAUGCAAUAACGUUAAAGAAAUGACGGGACGAAUGCCUUCCAUCUAUUUCCGGUUGUGCUGGCUCAUAGCUGCUCCCUUUCUCAUAAUGGCCGUGUGGGUAUUCAGCCUAAUUGAUUAUGAACCACCCACUUAUCGCAAUGGUGAAUACAUCUACCCCUGGUGGGCGGAAACUCUUGGGUGGGGCAUAGCGUCACUUUCUCUUAUAUGCAUUCCUGCCUUUGCUAUCUACGUUUUACUUCGAGCGGAGGGUGACACUUUUCUUCAGAAAUUAAGAAACUCGAUUAAGCCAGACUUUGAAGCGUGUCAAACUUGUGGCCAGGAAUACUGCACCGAACCACUACAUUCGUUGGAUGAGGACUCGAUCAAGGAACCUCUACAUGAAUUGAAUAAUUUAAUACAACAAAAUUCUAAUUGUCUUCCACCAAAACCAGAAGUCUGAGGUCAAAAUUAUUGUGAAUAUUUAUCACCUAUUUGUUUUCUAAUACUGUAAAUUUCACAAGUUUCAUCCCAGUGAGAAUUUACAAACUUUAGAUAAACACUGAUAUUUAAAUACCUAGAAACAAUUCUGGUGUAAUCAAAUGAUGCUGCUUCCUAGAUUUAAUGAUUUUCGAUAGUCUGAACUAAAUAUUUUUCAUUGAUAGCCAAAAAUACAAUUACCAAAAAUAUCUAACUCCGUUUAGUAUUUUUUAAAUUCUUAUACAAAUUAAAAAUCUGAAAAACCUAUAGCAGUAUGGUUAAUUUUUGCCAUAUCCUCAAGCAUUUCGGGAUCCGAACAAGCUCACUUGUAUUAUCCGACUAAAAUGGUUAAAAUAGAUUCAGAUGAGCGUAGCAAUAUAAGUGUCAGAAUUAAUUUUGAAUUAGAAUUAAAAAAACUCACAAUUUGUAAAUUUAAUUUCAAAUCAGUUCCAUUAAAUAGGCUAAUACAUUAUAUUAUGGACGUAUGUUAUGUUGUGAAUAAUAUAAAUUUAUUUAUGUUAAUUUUAAGUCUGUACACCGAUCCGUAUAUAAAAUUGUUGGACAAUUUCAUUUUAGUUAGCAUCUAGACAGACGACAAUCACGUUCGGUGAUUUUCAGAAUCGUAAUACUGUAGAUAUUGUUGAAUUUGUAGUCAUUUCUGUUGGAAUUUUUGACGUUUUUCAUCAUAGCUUGGAUCAAGUUUGUUUCACGAAUGAAUUGCAUAUACAUAAGUAUGCAAAACUAUACGGACAAUUCUAUGAUGAUGCAUAAUUGGCUGUGCCGGUCAACUUUCUCUCAAUGUAUUAUAAGAAAAUUUGAUAUCAGUUAUUUCUUUUCAAAAUUGGUGAAUGUUAUACCAAUUUGAAUCUUCGCCUACAUUCCCACUGGGUAAAUUAAAUGUCAUUGCAACUAUGUAAGUUAUACUUGUUGAUGUUGAGUAGUUGAAAAUACAUAUCAUUCCAAUAUUUUGAAGGUGACUGUAUGUGAAAGUAAAAGACGCACCACGAUAUGAUAUCAAAGUAAUAGUCAAUUUUUAGUUGUAAGCUUGAAUAGUUUUGUUUGUUAGUCCAUUUUAGACUUAAUGACGAUAUUAUUAUCUUCCAUAGGAAUUAACGGCUGUUUUAGUAUCGAAGUACUCAUUAAAAAUAUGAUAUAAUGGCAACAUAUUUUGUUGUUACCACCGUUGAUGAGCCCUAUGUUCAGUGGCACGAAUGUUUGUAAGUUCAUAAAUCGAAGGCCCAGUGAAUGUCUGUAUCUUAGGUUGUGCCUAGACACUAUAAGAGUAAAAUAUGCAUUGAUAUUGAACAAAAAAUGUAUCUCACUGUGUAUGCUGUACAUGUAUAAGUCGAAGCAUGUUAGUAAACGUUACCAUCCGUAAGUCAUGAUUUUGUCAAUAUUUAUCUUGGUUUGUUCAAGAUUGCUGCAAGAUCAAAGAUUUGACAAGGUUAUCUUUGCUCCAACGCGACAAUAGGGGUAUGCAUAUAAUAUAAUGACAAUAAAUUGUUAUUCGAAUUA